UCUCAGAGCUGCUGCUGCUGCUGGAAUGUUUGCUGAGCGUCACAUCCGUCAUACGGUUUUUUCCCUGGUUCAGGAAGUUCUUCUCAGCUCUGAAGUUGAGGAACUCUACGUUGGAGCUGGUCUCUUCGUCUGAUGGUCGCCAGAUAGUUCAUUAAUCAGCGUCUGAGUGAAGAUGGGCGAGCGGACAACCUCAAAACUUCGCCUUUCAGUUCGAGACUGAUAUCUCCUCACAGACGGACUUGUGGAAGAGAAGCUGGACGAGAUGCUGCUGGUCAGGGGGCUCCUGCUUGCACUGUGCUUCAGCACGGGGUGCUGCGUUUACACAAUCCGCCUGAAGAGCUUCUCUCUGGGGGGCUUUAGCUCCUCUGCGCUGCAGCUGCAGCUCGGUGCUUCACAACGGAACCAGACGGCGUCCGGGAGCGGCCUGUCUUUGGCUUCUGAUCCAUCUGGAGCUGUCAACUUCUUAGACAUGGUCAACAACCUGAGAGGAGACUCUGGAAGAGGGUAUUACAUGGAGAUGGUCAUCGGGACGCCAGGGCAGACGCUGAACAUCCUGGUGGACACUGGAAGCAGUAACUUCGCAGUGGCUGCCGCUUCGCAUCCCUACGUCACAACUUACUUCAACAGAGCACUCUCCAGCACCUACCAGACCAGUGGGCGGGCCGUGGCGGUCCGGUACACGCAGGGGAACUGGGAAGGGGAGCUGGGCACUGACCACAUCAGCAUCCCCCAGGGUCCCAACGGCACCAUCACCAUCAACAUCGCUGCCAUACUGACCUCCGACGGCUUCUUUCUGCCUGGCAUCAACUGGCAGGGCAUCCUGGGACUGGCGUACCCAUUACUGGCUCGGCCAGAUCCAUCUGUGGAGCCCUUCUUCAACUCCCUGGUGCAGCAGACCGGCAUCCCAGACGUCUUCUCUCUCCAGAUGUGUGGAGCAGGAGUGUCUGUCAGUGCUACGUCUGAGCCAGCAGGGGGCAGUCUGGUAAUGGGAGGCAUUGAACCAACGCUGUACCAGGGCUCAGUGUGGUACACUCCAGUCCUGCAGGAGUGGUACUACCAAGUUGAGGUCCUGAAACUGGAAGUUGGUGACCAAAAUUUAAACCUGGACUGCCAGGAGUACAACAUGGAUAAAGCCAUUGUAGACAGCGGGACGACGCUACUGCGACUGCCUGCGAAGGUGUUCGAUGCCGUGGUGGAGGCCAUCUCGCAGAUGUCACUGAUGCAGGAUUUCUCCUCGGGUUUCUUUGCUGGCAGCAAGCUAGCUUGCUGGGUAAAAGGAGAUUCCCCGUGGAGGUUCUUCCCCAAAAUCUCGAUCUACCUCAGAGCAACCAACACCAGCCAGGCCUUCCGCCUCACUGCUCUUCCACAGCUUUACAUCCAGCCGGUCACAGACGUGGACGGCACGCUGAACUGCUACCGGUUCGGUAUCUCCUCCUCCACCAAUGGGCUGGUGAUUGGCGCCACAGUCAUGGAGGGCUUCUAUGUCAUUUUUGACCGAGCCCACAAAAGAGUGGGCUUUGCUGUGAGCACCUGCGCUGAGAGCGACGGGGUGCUGAUGGCUGAGAUAGCGGGGCCAUUCCCGGUGGACGGCGGCUGUAUAGGCAGUUUCCCGCUGCAGGAGCCUCUACUGUGGGUCCUAGCAUACGCUCUGAUGGGGCUGUGUGCACUGGUGCUGCUCAUACUACUGAUCCUGCUGCUGGUGCCCUGCCACCGCCGGCAGCGAGACGGAGAGAUCACGGACCAGUCCUCGCUCGUACGCCAUCGCAUCAAAUGAUGUCGGGCCACGGCCUCAGCCCGAGCGGGACUGAACGGGCCUCGGGCCGGGGGGGCGGACACACUGCACUCUUCUGGUUGAAAUCAGGUGGACUUUCAUUAUUUGUACAUGUCAGAAGCUUCAGCCUCUGCUAUCACUGACUGCUUGGCCACUCCAUAUAAUCACAACUGACGCAAUAAAGGCCUGAAAGGUU